UUUUCCGCCGCUCUGGGUCAAGAAGUUUUCUACAUCACAUUUCUUCCGUUCACUCACUGGAACAUUGACCCUUUCUUAUCCAGAAGACUGAUCGUCGUAUGGGUUUUGGUGAUGUAUAUUGGCCAGGUGGCCAAGGACAUCCUGAAGUGGCCACGUCCUCUCUCCCCUCCCGUGGUGAAGCUGGAGAAGAGGGUGAUUGAUGAGUAUGGAAUGCCGUCUACCCACGCGAUGGCAGCCACCGUCAUAUCCUUCACCCUCCUCAUCUCUACUAUGGACAGGUACCAGUAUCCCUUUAUGUUGGGACUGCUGAUGGCUGUGGUGUUUUCCACGUUGGUGUGUCUCAGCAGACUCUACACGGGCAUGCACACGGUGCUGGACGUGCUGGGUGGUAUCCUGGUCACUGCGGUCCUCAUCGUCCUCACCUACCCUGCCUGGACCCUUAUCGACCGCCUGGACUCGGCCAGCCCCCUCUUCCCCGUGUGUGUCAUCGUGGUGCCCUUCUUCCUGUGCUACACCUACCCCGCGUCUGACUGCUACAGCCCGACCAGAGCGGACACCACCACCAUCCUGGCCGCAGGGGCGGGGGUGACCCUCGGGUUCUGGGUCAACCACUUCUUCCAGCUCGCGUCCGCGCCCACCGAGUCUCUCCCUGGCAUUCAGAACAUCCCGCCGCUCACCACCAAUAUGCUGGUCUUGGGGCUGACCAAAUUUACUGUGGGGAUCGCGCUGAUCCUUCUAGUACGUCAGCUGGUCCAGAACCUCUCCCUGCAGGUGCUGUACUCGUGGUUCAAGGUGGGCCCCAGGAACAAGGAGGCCAGGCGGAGACUAGAGAUCGAAGUGCCUUACAAGUUCGUCACCUACACGUCCGUGGGCCUCUGUGCUACGACCUUUGUGCCAAUGCUGCACAGGUUUUUGGGACUGCUCUGAACCUCCAAGAGCUGGAAGGUCGCCCACUGGACAAGGGAGCCUAAACAGGAAAGGGGUGGGUGGGCAAGUUUCGACAAUACGUUUUUCUUUAAAAAAAAAAAAAAUCCUUAAAUCACAUGUCUGUUUUGCUGAGAGCUGAAAUCAUGGUUGCUGUGCGUGGAGGGCAAUACCGUCUCAUAGGGAGCCUCAGUCCACAAGCAUCAGGCUGCAGGGGAAGCCAGACUCACCCCACAGUGUGGUCUUUGAGGGUCCCCCACCCUGUCACGGGGACUUUGGACCUGGUCGUGGGCUGGCAGGGGCUGUGGCCGGGCUUGGGAGAUCCGGGAGAGACAGGCAUGAUCUGAGAGGCUGGAAGUCAGGCGUCUCUCUUCCGUCAUGACCUUGCCCAUCACGGAGUCUCAUGUCCAAACUUGGAACUUGGGUCUGGAGAAAGGGUGGCGUCGUGUAGAACUGCUGUCCUUGGACAGGGUGACAUUUCUGUUAUGAUCACACUAGACUGUGCCCACUUGGGUGGCAAGCGCCCUGUGGACCCCACCGUGGGGUGGUAAGAGACGGGGGCGACCCUGGGAGAUCGUGGGCAGGAGCCUGAUCCCUCCGGAGUCCCGCUCUCUGUGGGGUCCGCUCCUCCGUGUCUGUGCAUUUUGCAGAAUGCAGGUCACGUUUCCACGCUCUUUGGAUCCAUGAAACCUGCUAGCUGCUCCCGCCUCUCUUCGUCGGGGCUUCCCAGCAUGUCCUGCUCUCUCCUGCUUCCCUGGGACUUGGGACCAGCCCUCGGCCCAUCUUUAGGUGUUUUCUGCUUCCGUACACACUGGGGAGGCGCCGCCGUCUGCCUGCAAGAGGGGCUUCGGUAGAACAGAGGAGCUGAGCCCUCCCUGGGGCCUGACGAGGAGGGAACGGGCCGCUGG